AUGGGAAAAUCGUAUCCGAAAGUAAGCCAGGAGUACGAGAAGGCAGUGGAGAAAUGCAAGAGGAAGCUCAGAGGCUUCAUUGCUGAGAAGCAUUGUGCUCCUUUGAUCCUCCGACUAGCAUGGCAUUCCGCAGGGACCUAUGAUGUGGAUACGAAAACUGGAGGGCCCUUCGGGACUAUCAAGCACCCGGCCGAGCUUUCUCAUGAUGCUAAUAAUGGCCUUGAUAUUGCUGUCCGACUUUUGGAGCCAAUCAAGGAACAAUUUCCACUCCUCACCUAUGCUGAUCUAUCAGGUAAAACUCUCUUUUCAUUGGCUGGAAUUGUUGCCGUUGAGGUCACUGGAGGCCCUGAGAUUCCUUUUCAUCCCGGCAGACCUGACAAAGAUGAACCUCCUCCUGAAGGACGUUUGCCAGAUGCAACUAAAGGUACUGACCAUCUGAGGGAAGUUUUUGGACACAUGGGGCUCGGCGACAAGGAAAUAGUUGCUCUUUCUGGUGGUCAUACUUUGGGAAGGUGUCGCAAGGAACGUUCUGGAUUUGAGGGACCUUGGACCAGUAAUCCUCUAAUCUUUGAUAACUCCUACUUCAAAGAACUGCUGCGUGGAGAGAAAGAAGAUCUUAUCCGGCUUCCAUCUGACAAAGCACUUUUGGAAGAUCCAGCGUUACGUCCAUUAGUUGAGAAAUAUGCUGCGGACGAGGAUGCCUUCUUUGCAGACUAUGCUGAAGCUCAUUUGAAGCUCUCGGAACUUGGGUAA